CAAUAAUAAACAAGUGUAAACAACAUGGCGACUUACAUUUAGCCAAGCAGGAUAACGAGUUCAAAUAUUUUCAGUGUAUAUCAUCGGUCCCUCAAACAUAAAUAAUGGCAGCAUUCAAUUAUAAAGACCUCUGCUUGCAAACAUCCUGGGUAGAGAAGAUUACAGAUUUUACAAUUGACAAGGGCUGGGUUGCAGGGGCUUUCUUUUUGGGCCUGUUCAUUGGUGGUCUUAUCACAUUCUUCAUUGUACCACCUUGUAUUCGAGAUUGGGAGAAAAAGAAGAAUGCUGACCUAUUUAAGAGGCAAGAUGAAGAAGAACUGAUUGCAAAUGAAGAAGCUGCUACUAAAGCUGACCUGAAAAAGGAAGAAGUAAAGGAAGCCAAAGCUGAUGGGAAGCCAUCAGAUGGGAAGCCAUCUAAAUUGUCAGCCGCUGCUGCAUUCUUCCAACGCAAGAAGAAAUCUGGGAAAGAUACGGGAACAACACCAGCUAAAAGUUGGGUGGAACCUGAGGGUGACUCAAAAAAUGUGUCUACCAGUACUGCAUCUGUGGGAAUGGUGACUGUGCUUACAAUGACAAACAGUGGUCAGGCGGAUACUGAAAUGGUGAAGCAAGAUUUGUCUGAUAUCCAAAAGAUGGACACAGAUCAGAAGAAAGUGAAGGACGAUAUGAAGAUGAAGAUGUUGAAGAUGAGCUUGCGCAAGAUGAAGGGCAAAGGUCAGAUAGGGGACCCCUACCUUGCAGACUUCGCACAGAAGAUCAUUGACCAGCGUCAUGGCAACGAGGAGAUGAUCACCUUGGAGACCAAGGAACAAGAGCAGGAGCUGAACCUGAAGCACAAGAAGAACCCAGCACAUCUACAGCAGGAGCUUGACCUGCUCAACAUACGCAUGAACGCUAAGCGGAAUCAGCUUGACAAGGAUGAAGAUGGAUGGAUCAGAUCAGAACUAAUACGCACCUCCGGGCUCUCAGAAUCUGAGGUGGAUGAACUGCUGGAGAAAUUGAAGGCAGACAUGGCGGAGCUGGAGAGACGUCAGGGACUAGAGCAGCUGAGGCAGGCUCGGCACUUAGCAGAGAGGCUUGAAAAGCGUCGUCAGCUGCUGGAAUUCCACCGUCUCCAGGAGCAACAAGGCGCCCAGGAAACCAUUGACGACGUGCAGGCUUUUGAGGAACCCCUCAGCAAGCUGGUCGAGGAGGGAAAGCUGAUUGACAGGCAGAAACAGGAGAUCCUGGAGGAGCACGAUCAGAACUUGAAGAAUCUCCUGAAGUCACAACAACUAGAUGCCAUGAGGCUCCAGAGGGAUCUUGCAGAGAAACUGAAGCAGCGGCGUGAGGCCCGCAUGAGGAAACUGGACGAGAAGCAGGAGAAGGAGCAAGCAGUCUUCCUGUCAAAGGCAGAGAAAUCAACCAGCACCACUGAGUUUGUGAAUGGUUACCAGAAUCUGCUGGAGCAGCAACAGCUGGAGGUGGAGGCUGCAGAGACGGAAGUGGAUCAGACAGAGUUAGAAGAGCUGGAGAAACUUGCACAGGACCUGGAUGCCAAAAGGGCCAAUCAGAUCAAGGAGUUGGCGGACAAGAUGGUUCAGUCUGUGACGCGGAUAGGACAGCUGGGGGAGGGCGACGCCAAGCGUAUCAUCAAGCUGCACAACAUGCGCAUGGACGCGCUCAAUAACAGACGCAAGGAGGAGCAGCAGUUGAUGAGGGCCAGGUUGCAGGAACGCUGGCAGCAGAGACUCAAGAAAAUUGAGUUGGAUGAAGUUGCGAGUCAGAACGAGCGAGAGGCUAUCAUUGAGCAACAGGACAACACAGUGAAACGUGUCCUCAACAGUAACCUUGACCUUACUGAAGAUGCCAAAGAAAAAAUUCUGAAAGAACAUGAAAGGAACAUGGUGGCCCUUAAUAAUCAGCUCUCCCGUAGCAAACUGAGGCAGAAGAUGAGUCUGGAACAGAAGCUGAGCCAGCGCCGGGCCAGACUGGUUGAGAUCCAGGCCAAACAGGAGGCUCUGAAGGCAGAGAAGAAAGGCCUGUCAGACAAGGAGAUGCAGAAACUCCAGGAACAACUGGAUCAGGAAGUGCUGCUCUUUGAGAAGGAAAGGAAAGAGGCUGAAAACAACUUAAGGAAACAGCUGGCUGCGGAAACUGAGGCAGCUCUGUCCCAGCAAGAGAAGGGACUAGCGGCUCUCAUUGGACGAUUAGAGGUGGGACAGGCUAGGAGAAUGGCAGUUUUACAGAAGCAGGAUCAGACUCUAAAAGACUUACAGCCUGAAACUUUGAAGGAAAAUCUUCAGAACAGCAUUGACAGUGGCCGACUGUCGGCCAACAAAGCAGACCAAAUCAUUCAGCAACACUAUAACCAGGUGGAGCAUGUCAAUGAAAGGUUACAGCGCAACAGAGAGCAACAAGAGGCCGUCAUACAGGAGAAGAUUCAGGCAAAACGAUUCAUGAAGGAGAGGGAACUUCAAGAUCAGCUGCGAAGAGAAAAAGAGGAACUGAUGAUGACACGUAAGAAAGCAGGAACUGGGAUGGCCAGUCAGAUCCUGAAUGCAGCCCUGAUGGAGCAGCGUCACAAGAAGGCGAUGGAGGACUUGGAGAAAGAGAUGCAGGUGGAGCUUGAGAGGUGCAGGGAUGAACUGAACAACCAACUGCAGUCGUCCUUGGAGAAAGAGCUUGAAAGUCACAAGGGUCAGUUCUUGAAUGAGUUGGCGGCGGCCACAAAGACAUCUGCCCAAGAAUUACGCCAGGCCAAUACUCCGUCUGCUAUGGGACGCCCCGGUUCAGCCACCAGACUGGGUCAGCUCGAGAAAUCCCGGUCCACCCUGGGCACAAUGGAGGAAGACUCAGAUGAUGAUAAUUACCCGAAACCAUCAUACCCUCGACCAAAAUCUUCCGUUGGAUCAAAAGCUGAAAGCAGAUUGGCGAACUUGGACACAUCAAAACAAAAGAAGAAAAAUACAUUUGGUCCUCAGCCACCUCGUCAAGCUUUUGGAACAUCAACUGGGGAACAGGUCCAUGGAAUGUGGGAUUUUGACGAUGAAAUGCUCUAGGUCAAUGAAAUGCUCUAGGUCACAAUUACUACGCUUAAGGUCACUUUUGGAGCAUUUUUAUGUUCCCCACCACUAUAGUGGGGGACAUAUUGUUUUUGCCCUGUCUGUUGGUUUGUUGGUUUGUUUGUUUGCGUCAAACUUUAACAUUUGCAAUAACUUUUGCAAUAUUGAAGAUAGCAACUUGAUAUUUGGCAUGCAUGUGUAUCUCAUGGAGCUGCACAUUUUGAGUGGUGAAAGGUCAAGGUCAAUGUCAUCCUUCAAGGUCAAAGGUCAAAUAUAUAGCUUCAAAGCGGCACUGAAGGGGACUAGUGUUUCUGACAAACACAUUUCUUGUUUUUCCAUAUUUUUCUAGAAGAACCCAUAUAGAUGCCUGUAUUGUGUUUUCGAAAGAACAUUAACACAAAUUUGUGACUUGCUGUUAUGUCCAAUGUUGUAUCAUGUCUUCUUAAUCAGGCUUCAUGUUCAAACCUCAUAUGAUCUUAUGUUUGAUUUGUGCAAACAGUGAAAUGUUCUGCAGUAAAAAUGAAGUCUGUAAAAAGACUGUUUGGUCACUGAUUUUUUUUUAGUUAUUCCUAUUGUUUACAAUGCUGCAAAAAUAUCCUGAAUGUAAUCCAAUGUUUUAUAUUUGCAUUUUUACUUUAUGUAUUUCACCUAUGAACCCCUUUGUUUUUGUUCACAUGACAUACAUGUAUACAUUAUCAUUUUAUGAUAAAUGAUUUUUUUUUUACAAAAUCUGUGAUAUUCAAUGUUUUGAAGAGUUUAAAUUGUCACAUACUUUUGUAUGUACAUGAUGUCUUAACUUUUGUAUUUAUUGUUUUAGUAAGUUAUAAAAUAUGUUGUUUUUAAAUUUCUUUCCUUACUAGGGAGAAUUUUUCUUUUCUUCAUGUUAUUUCAAGAUUAUUAAUUUCCUUGUAAAGUUAAGAAAAACACACAAACUUUAUAAGUACAUUUACAAGCUUUAAAUGUGGUUUUGCGGUUGUUUUCUUGUUCGAAUUUAAAUAUUUUAAUUGCCCUACAAAUAUUUUGUUCACAUAAAAAUAAGUGUGAGUUGCAAAUGUGUUAAGUUGUUCAAUGUGUUAUGUAAGAUAUAACAUAAAAAUUUAUUUUUUGACGAUUAUUUUAUUUAUGUUUAAACAUUUUUCUAACCUUUUUUUAGUUGUAACUGAAUUGUCAGUAGUGUGAAACAGAUAAAAAUGGCCAAUAUUUUACUUUCUUAAUUAACCCUUACAGUGCGGGAACCGAGUUGUGAAGGCCUUUGCAAACAGUUUGGAUCCAGAUGAGACGCCACAGAACGUUUGCCAAACUGUUUGCUAUUCUGAUAGUAUUCUUUGAAAAAAAAUCGUAGAAAAUGCUAAUUUUAGAAAUUCAGCAGACGACAUUUUAGCAGACGACAAAUUUCCCAGCAUGCAAAGGGUUAAAAUCAUGAUCUCAUAGACCAAUACAAAACAUGUUUUAUUAUAAAUUUGUUGUCAUAAUAAUGUAAUCAUGGUGCAGGAUCAACAGGGUUUUCAGGGGUUUACACACGGGCUGGAAAGAAUGAACUCACCGUUAAGAACUUUAUUUUUGCAAAUAUUUCAAGUUACUGUAAUACAUUUGCAAAAUAUCUUUAGUGAAUAAGACAGUUUUUCUUGCACUUUGUGACGAUAUCUUAAGAUUUAAGAAUUAAUCCUAGAAACGUCUGAAAUCGGUGGCAAAAUUUCACGUUGCUUGCUGCAUAACCUUUGAAAUGAAUUCUGUAUAUUUUUAAUUUAAGAACACAAGCUUAUUUAAUAAAUUAAUUCGGAUGUAUUUCACAUUGCCAUAAGCAACAUAAAACUGUUUUUUAUGCACUAGUUGAAAUUCUUAAGAAAAAUUGUUUUGAAAAGUUAUUUGAAAUAAAGCACCUCUUACCGUGGUGUUUACAUCCAUCAAAGUUAAAAGGGGGAACCCCACAAAGUCACGUGAUCCUGCACCCGGGUAUUCAAUGUUAGUCCAGUGCUCAAACAAAGUGUUCUGCUUUGGUACUUUUUAGCUAUUUGCAAUUAUUUUAUAUAAAAACCAUUAAAAAAACCAUGACUGUGUGACAUAAGCUAAUCAAUACAAGGCCUCCUUUCAUGUGCAGGUCUGUCAACAUACCCAUUUUUAUCUGAAUCUCGUGUUAUUGUAAUAGUUGUUACUGACAUGUUAGUAAAUUGAUUAUCAGCAUGGUGUUCUCUACAAAUGUUACACAAAUUGAAAAUCUGCUUGUAUUUUAAUUAACCCUUUCCCACUCAGAAGCAAAGUGAAAAUGGCUAUGUGCAAACAGCAUAAAACCAGAACAGCCUUCGAGUAAUUGGCAGUCUGUUCAGGUUUUAUGCUGUUUGGUGCUUUCAGUAUCUAAGGGUUGGAAAUGAAGCAUUUAAAACCUGAAUCUAGUAAGAAAGGUCUUUAAUUAAAUUUAACUUCUAAAUGGACUACAAGUGCGUCAAAGCAUGUAUCUAAGUUGCUAAGGGUUAAACACCACCUGCUAUGGUGUAGAGGGUGUUAUAGUUUAAUUACCACGGACAUCUGUCUGUAAACAUGAACUUGUCUCACAUUUAGCACUCUAAUCUUUUCAGCGUGCAAACUUGCAUGCCUCGUACCUUGAUAAAUGAAGUUGUGGAUAUAGCAUAGAGCAUGAAGUUCUAGUGACUUAUACAUUACGCAUCACUUGUUUUAUGUAGCAUGUACACAUAUACGUUAGUAUUAUUUAUUUAUCUUUACUAAAUUUGUUUCCUAGUUUCUGCUUUCUACCAUAUGUUACGCUAUUUUAAUGACGAGAUAAAUGCUGAUAAUUACAUGUAGUAUAUUUAAAUUAUUUAUUACUUGUUAUAAAUGUAAUACGUCUUUUUACUUCCGUCUUGCUCACUGCAAUAAAAGAAAAUAAACUAUGGAGAUUACUGUCA